AUGGCCGGCUCGCAGCAGGCGGGGGCGCUCGCCCACGAAGUGCUCUCCGGAUUCCCGCCCGUCGAGCAUGCGUUCGCGUACGGGAGCGCGGCCUUCUACCAGCCGGGUCUCUACGACGGCGCGGCUCCAUCGGAGGCCGGCGGCGGUCCCCCGACCGGCGACGAUCGGCGGGCACGCACGCAGGGCCUUGCAACGGACCUCGCGUCGCGGCCCGGGGCGGCGAACGGCCCGAUGCUGGACCUCAUGUUCAUUGUCCGUGAUCCACACGAGUGGCACGAGCAAAACAUGCAGCAAAACCCAUCUCACUACCGCGGCGUCGCCGCACUCGGGCCCGGUGCAGUUGCGUGGUGUUCCGACGCGAUCGGUGCGGGCGUGCACUUCAACAGCAUGGUGCCGUUCCGUGGGCGGAUGAUCAAGUACGGCGUGGCGCGGACUGGCCGCGUCGUGACGGACCUCCUCACGUGGCACGACCUCUACGUCGCGGGCCGCCUCCAGAAGCCGGUGCUGUUCCUCGGCGGUGAUUCCGACCACGACGACGCGGCGCAGGGCCACCGCUCGCUGCUGCGCAAGGCCCUGGCCGAGUCGCGCUUGCGAGCCCUCGCAGCGUCGCUCCUGACGAUGCCCAGAGAGUUCACGGAGCGCGAGUUGCUCGCCUGCGCAGCGUCGCUGUCGUACACGGGCGACGUCAGGAUGGGCAUCGCCGAGGACCCGCGCAAGGUCGAGCGCAUCGUGCAGGGCAGUUACGGCCAGCUGAGGGACGCGUACCACGGAGCCAUGUCGGAGCUGUACGCGUGGCAGCUGAUUCGACCCCGGGAGAGCGACGACGAGACGGGGCGUGUCCGGCUCUGGCAGCCGAUGGACGAACCAGCGCGCGCGCGGCUCGUCGCGAGCCUGCCCCCCGCCAUCCUGGCGCGGCUGGCGGCGCACUGCGGGGUCCAGGUGCGGCCAGCGCAGAGCUUGCAGACCGCACCCUGCGCCUGGAUGCGGUCGGUCCUGGACGACGACCAGCGGCGCGUCCGCGCCGGUCGGAGCGGGGGACGAGACGCCGCGGCGGGCAUCCUCGACGAGACCCUGGGCUUGGCCUGGCUGGGGUACGGCGCCACCGAGGCGAUUUCGCUCGGGCUCGCGGGCAGACGCGACCUGCCGCGGCUGCUCAAGCGGGCGGUGAGAGGCGUCGUGCGUCGCUCGAGCUUCCGCCAGGCUGCGGGGGGGCUGCUCGCCAAUGGGCCCGCUGUGGCCCUCUCGUAUGCCCUCUCCAAGGCAAAAAAGGCGUUCCGCGGACGGCUGAGGGGCGGCUGA